AUGAAAGCUUUCAUCAAAUACCUUCAUGAGGGUAUACUUGGCACCGUCAGUGCAUAUUAUGAAUGUGUUGAAGCUCAAGGGCAAGGAACUCUGCAUUGCUAUAUGAUGAUCUGGUUAGAAGGUGGCCUUAAUCCCAAUGAGAUCAAGGACCGAAUAUUACAAAGUAAAGAACAGAGCUUUAAAGAUCGUCUCCUACAAUAUUUGGAAGAUACCAUCUUGACUUGCAUCCCUGAACUCCCAAAGGAAGAUGUAUCGAUACCUAAUCAAACUUCUCAUCCAUGUUCAACUCAAGGAGUGGACUUUCAGAACACCACUGAGGACAACUUCCUGACAGAUCCAGAGACAGGUGAAAUUACUCUAAAGUGUUUGGAUGGUCUAGUGAACCAUUUUAAUGAGAGCAUACUGGAAGCCAUGAGGUGCAACACGGAUAUAAAGUUUAUUGGAUCGGGGCCAGCUGCAAAAGCCAUACUGUAUUAUAUUACCAACUACAUCACAAAAUCUCAAUUAAAAACUCAUGUUGCAUUAGCUGCAAUGGAAACAGCAAAGAUGCUGCAAAAAUGUGCUCACUCAAUGAUUUCUCAUCAAGAACUAUCUGCUCAGCAAGCAUGUUCGUACCUAAUGGAUUUCGAGGACCACUUCACUAGUCAUGAGUAUCAAGGUUUGUAUUGGACAAACUUUGAAUCCUUUGUUGAAAAAUGUAGUCCAAACCAUACUGAUCAUGAAACUGAAAAAAUGCUGGAUGGAUCAGAUGAUGAGUUGAACCAAGGAUAUGUUGAAAGAACCCUUGACGAUGACGGGGUCUAUGUUGAACAGCUUGAAAAUGACGAAAUCAGAAUUGGAAGUGAUAGCUUUGGAAAUCUCGUGCCCAAGGCUGCACAAGUAAUGGACUACUUACAUUGA